CAUAAAAAUCGAACUAAGGAACGGCCGCUGGAGACCGAAAACAUAAGAGGAACUCGCAUUAAAGCUACAUUGGAUCAUUUGGAAAUAAAUGUAGGCGAUGGAAGAUUGGACAACAUCAAGUCCAGCGCUGAAAAAAAGUUAGUCGUAUUUCCACAGUUACCUUGCUGCAGAGAUUCUUAUACGCUUAGGUCAAUUCCGACUAAAAAGGAGGCGUCGCUUCUAGGAUAUUUUAUAAAUGGUAACUCUGAUGAGUGUCAUUUCAUUCCCCUAAAGAGUGGUCCUCUUAUAAUGGACAAUGUUAAAGAGCCGGUUAAAAUGUCCGAACUUGGUAAUGGGUCCCAUAAUGGUGUCGACGAUUCCGCCACCUCGAUGUCGCCAGCAAAGCCAACUGUAGUUUCUGUACGAAUGCGAACUGAGGCUGAGAUUUUUGGGGCAAAACGUGCUGCAAGUCGGCGAAAGACGGCAGACAAUGAUGAUGAUUUAAGGUACCUAUCACAACUUUUUUUAGUGCCUUGGAAACCGGCUACAUUCAGAACACAUAAGCCCAUGUAUGCCUUCGAACAUCGCUCAGCUCUUAUGUGUUCUGUGGAGAGUGCUUCGAUUGGCGGUCCUGAAUUCACUCGAGAUAAUUGGGAAGCGCUACUUCUGUCGCCUCUUCGUGAAGAGGCUCUGGAGACAACUCGUUUUGGAAAUGAAUUGAAGAAAGCGGCUACGUUGGAAGAUCUUGUGCGAUCUCAGUGGUUCUUCUCCGUUUCAGCUCGGGUCAUCAAAUUCGAUAAGUUGCUUGAAUGCCUGCGUGAGCGUUCACCCGACAAGAAUCUUGUCACUCCAGCUGCUGUAAUUCCAAUCCUUAAUCGACUAGCUGUUUUAGUUCGUGGUUGGUGGGUUGUUAGAAGUGACAUUUUAUAUCCUCCAAAUACAUACAGUGAGCAUGCAUCAGUACCAAGUACCCAACUAAUUAGAGCUCGUGAUUAUGUGAUGGCGGUGUUUCACCAAGGUGAUCAUCUCACAAGGAAGACCGUUUCGUCAAUCACAAAAUUGCCCUCACUCGAAGUCACUGAAAUCCUUGAACAACUUGGAACCCGAAUCUCCUCCGAUCUUGAGGGACAUAACAACCAUUGGGAAUUCCGGCAGCCAGACAUGACUUUCAUUAACAAGCAUGUAUCAAGAUGUCGUCCAUCAACAAGCAGGAAAUUGGGAGCUUCGAAUCAGACAACUAUGUGCUCAGCUCAAACUCGAGGUGCUUGUCACAGCCUUUCUGAUCUUAAAGUGGCGCACUUUUACCCAGAUGCUACACAGCGACGGCGAAGGUGUUCGGGUCGCCUCUCAGGGAGUGAUUCGGACGAGAUAUUAACGCCUCUCAGUCCAAAACUGAUGGGCGCCAAACGACCUCGCUGCCGCCUCCUCAGUCUCUCGCCGGAGGCCUCGGGACCAACCUCAAAGCGAGUGCGCACUCAGAGUGCAUCGUCUGCAGGCCAUGGUGUCUCUCCCCAUCCACCCUCCAGUCCUCACAAGAACCCCCUGCCUAACCGACCUACUCCACCUCUAUUCUCCGCUGGUUUAAUUAAUAAGCGCCACGCUCCCUCCACCUCUAAACCGAGUCAGAAUGACUCACUUGAACGAACAGGACCAACGCCGCCAUCAUCACCACCGCUAGCUGAUUCUUCCCUCCGAUUGGUGACUGACCCCUCAACAGACCUUCUCAAGCAAGAGCCCAGUUCUCCUGAAAGGCAUCACAACGGGUCGGAGACAGAGAUGCAAUCGCUUCCGCCUACUCUCAUGGAAGCAAUGCCAACUAUAAACGCGGGAGCACCAGAGAAAUUAGAGGAACCUGACUCCACAACUGAGCAGACCUGUUCGAUGGUGGAUGAUCCUGCAAUCUGCAGCUUUGUGAGAGAAAAGCUGCAUUCACACCCGAUUUUGGCGCUAUCGGAACUAACCAAGGCUUGUCAGCCUUUUCUGGCGUCACUUGCCAAUCAGAUGACCAACGGUAAGGCAGCACCACCAGGCUCUGAGGCAGAGAGAGAGAUGCUCAAAUCAGAGCUCUAUAAAGUCGUUCUCGCAGUUGGAGGUCGCGAGUUGCACAUCCAAUGGCCCGAUGUACCCUCGGCCCUGCCCAAACAGCCGCUUUUCGUGGCGCCUGUUGCAGUCGAAUUCGGCGAUCCCAGUAGUCCGUUACACCAAGCCCGAGAGGCGAUCUUAGAACGAUUUGAAACAUCCACGUUUGUGACCUACGGGAUCAUAAAGAAGAAGCUUACCGACGUCGGCCUCAAGAUUCCCGAUAAUACUCUGAGGACCACUAUUAAGAGCGAAUUAGCUGUUCACCACGGUAAAGUAAGAGAAGUAAGAGAAGUUUGCAUGAUGGCAAAGACUAAAAGCAGAUGCGUCGUGGUUCUUACUGGACCUCCUGGCAGUUCCAAAUCGACGUGUUUGUUGAUUGUUUGCCGAACGCUGGGUUUCUCAUAUCCUCUUAUAUGGACAGAAGGCAAUUGGGAGGGUGGUGACGCCACUACAAAUGAAUUACAACAAUUCGAAGAUUUUCUUUUUAAGUCUACUCAUUAUUUUGGUUCUGGUGACGAGUCGAAAGUUGAUUUCAGUCUUUCCGGCCUAAGUCAGUGUUUAAAGACUCCACAGCUGGUGCUAAUUGAGAGCUUGCCGUCUGGGUUUAGUGACAACCCCCUCCUCUUUCACAAAUGCAUUCGUUCAGCAUUGUCAGACAUUCUCGUGCCCACAUUAUUGGCUUUUGUGUUCACUAAAUCAUCGUCUGUUAACAACAUUGGGACCCCUGUUACCUCCAAUUUUGACGCCACUGCUUUGAGUCGGCUUUUUCCCAAUUGCCUUAAACAAGAAUUGGGUAUUUGUCAUAUCGAAUUCAACCCCAUUGCACCGGUAAUAAUGACAAGAGCGCUUUCUCGGAUUGUGGAGCUCGUAUCUAACGAGACUGGUGCUUCUAUGCCUCCAAAGCCUUUUCUCCAACAAUUAGCUGCAUCCAGUUCUGGUGAUAUCCGUCUGGCCAUCAAUACUCUUCAGUUUGCUAUCAUGCCUGGACUCGGAGACUCCACUUCAUGCAAUGAAUCCUUCCUUCCUCCUCAUUUGCUAUCGUGGAAGCGAACUUCUCUGUCUUUCAACCCUGAAACAAUCUUAAAUCAAAGCGGUCUGACCGGUGAUGAUGUGGUUGCCUGGUUGCACGAAAAUUACCUGGCCUUUCAUGAUACUCCAGCGUUAUUUGAAGCUCUGGAAUGGAUCAGCUCUCAGGCUGGAUGGGCUGAUGCUCACCUCUCCGGUGGAAUGAACUGGCGUCUCGGACUUACCCCCGCUGCAGACCGCAAUUCCUUCUCCUCCACUGGCACUGCUUGUUCCGCUGGAAGUCAUUAUGCUGCCAUAGCAGUAUCUCGCGCCAUUGCUAUUUGUUCUUCAACAAAGGUGAUUGGCAAUACUAGCAGCAAAUUUCGGCCCCUCAAAGCGCCCCAAUUGAAGCAGGUAGAAGCACGACAACGUAGCUCACUGCAGGCACUGAGAGCUUCCUUUGAGUUAUCUGUUGAUGUACUUCGGACAAAGGAGGCUCUGAUUGAUGGAUUGAGGUGGUAUCUUCUUGAUCGGCUACCGCUAGAAUUUACAAUUCUUGGCUCGAGGUUUCCUGGGAGCAUAGAAGUCAUCUCUUCGCUAUGCCGCUUUCAAGACCCUAAUGGGGUCGGUGAGCGUGAUUUUCGAAGAAUCAAGGUCGGCAACGUCCCCAUGAGAGGACACUGUGCCCCUUUUGAUGGUGCCACCGAUGCUGAUGCAGAAGUCACAAUUGACGAGAACUUUAGUGAUGAGGAAUGUCCUCCAUCAUCCCUUUAG